GGAGCACAACAACCCGCCGCUCCAACUCCCAGUGUCCGGUCUGCUGAGAACGAAGUCACGGACGGGCGGGGCACAGGCAUCUUAUUUUGUUGGAUUUCAACGGUAAGUUUCCUUGCCCCGAGCGAAACGAUGGAAACUACCGACCGGCUUGGCAAAGGGUUAACAAGUCAGGCUAACGAUGCUGGAUAACGUGCCAUUUAAUUCACUGAAUCUGCAUAUCACAUCUGUUGUUUGUGAGAUUUGAAAACUCAUCUCCGUGAAUUACUAGUCCAGUUAAAGCAGCUACCCACAUCACUGACAAGAGACUGGGGCACAGUUCUGUUAAACUCAGCUGUUUAUUAAUUAUGUCUCUGCAAAAUGAUGCAACUGAAGAAAAGAAUGUGAAACCCAAGUUUAUGAGUCGUGCCAAACAUUGGACUGAGGAAAUCGAAAAUUUAUACAGAUUCCAACAAGCUGGAUACAGGGAUGAAACAGAAUACAAGCAGAUAAAGAAAGUUGAUGGGGUGGAUCGUUGGCCAGAAACAGGAUAUGUGAAGAAACUCCAAAGACGAGACAACACCUUCUACUACUAUAACAGGAAAAGAGAAUGUGAGGACAAUGAUGUUCAGAAGGUCAAGGUUUACGCCUACUGAAAGGCUCUUGUUCUUCACACUUCUGAGUGAGUGUGGAACAAUAAAUCAGAGAGAAAGAGACAAUCACUUCAGAAGAGACAAGGCUCUCCGUUGGUCGGGGUUGACCAUGGCAUGUUGCGUCCCAGAUGUCGAUGUGAUAUGCAAGCCUGGGCAGUAUGAUUUCGAAAGCAAGCUGUUGCCAAUGUAGCAGGCUCCCCCUCUCCAUGGAGCUGAUGAAUCCAACGGAAUGGCAGAGACUGAUACGUUUGCUCCCAGUGGUGUUGCAGGAGUUGCCAGUCAACUUCCAACUCAAUGUAGGGUUGUCUUAGGGACUCCAGCUCCAAACUUUUCUUUGGGGUUUACCCUCAAAGCCUUCCCCAUGGAUGGGUACAGCUGCAAGUCAGUGAAGUUUUGAGAUCAGAGUUUUCGUUCUCCUAGAUGAACUGACAACCAUGGAUGACAAGCCCCACCUGCCCGAGGUGACUGGUUUUAAGUCACCAGUUAUCUGCCUUUGCCCGUUCUCCUGUCAUGGGAAAUGAUUCUGCCGGGCCAAGUAGCUAAACCACAUGUGAAGGUCAGGAGUUGGUCUUGGGUGUCAGAGGUAUUGGAAGCUUAUCCUCACUAACCUCCUCCUCUCCCCCACCAUCUAUAACAACCUAAAGGAACCCGAAGAUCAAUAAAUGAAAACAAACCACACAUUGUUCAGGAAAGAGUUUCCAGAUGCACUGAUAAUCCAUUUAUUAAUCAAUCAAUCAAUCAAUCAAUCAAUCUGUAAUUGAUGCCCAAGUUAGACACCGGGACACUAAAUAAGCAUAAAUAUAAAAUGAGAAAUUGAGAAAUUUCCCAGGGUUAGGGAAUCAAAAACCAGAGGUUUAGAGUGAGAAGGGAGAGGUUUACUUGGGACCCAAAGGGCAACUUUUUUACCCAGAAGGAGGUCAGUACAUGGAAUGAGCUGCCAGAGGAAGUGGCUGAGGCAGGUACAUUAACAACAUCUAAAAGACAGUUGGAUAGGAAAGGUUUAGAGGGAUAUGAACCGAAUGCAAGUAAAUGAGAAAACUUGGUUGGCAUAGACUAGUUGGGCUGAAGAAGCUGUCUCUGUGCUGUAUCUAGACAGAGUGAUUGGCUGCUGAAACAGGAGACAGAAUCAGAAUCAGUAUCAGGUUUAACAUCACUAGUGUAUGUCGUGAAAUUAGUUCAUUUGCAGGCAGGAGUACAUUGCAAUGCAUAAUAAUGAAAACUUUAAAUUACAAUAAGUAUAUAUAAAUAAAAAUUAAUUUAAUAAGUAGUGCAAAAGAGAAAUACUGAGAUAGGGUUCACUGUCUAUUCAGAAAUCUGAUGGCGGAGGGGAAGAAACUGUUCCUGAAAUGUUAAGUGUGUGUCUUCAGGUUCCUGUACCACCUCCUUAAUGGCAGCAAUGGAAAAAGGCAUAUCCUUGGUGAUGAGGGUCCUUAAUGAUGACUAGUGCCUUUUUGAAGGUGUUCUGGAUGCUGGGGAGGCUACUGGCCAUGAUGGAGCUGGCUGAGUUUACAACUUCCUGCAGCUUUUUCCGAUCUUAUACAAUAGCCCCUCCAUUCCAGACAGUGUUGUAACCAGUUAGAAUGCCUUCCAUAGUACAGUACACAUGUAAAAAUUUGCAAGUGUUUUUCAUGACAUACCAGUUCUCCUCAAACUUCUAAUGAAAUAUAGCUGCUGUCAUGCUUUCUUUGUAAUUGCAUCAAUAUGUUGGGCCCAGGAUAGAUCCUCAGAGAUGUUGACACCCAGGAACUUGAAACUGCUCACCUUUUCCACUGCUGAUCAGUCAUUGCUGUCAGAUUUCUGAUUAAGGAGAAGAGAGAAUGUCCUGGAUGGUCGGGGGCCUUAAUGGUGGACAAACAAAGCAGGAAACGUAAUUACAAGAGAAGCUGAAGAUGAAAUUGGAGCACAGAACACUACAGCACAGUAAGGCCCUUCAGCCCACAAUGUUGUGCCGAUCAAUUAGACAAUCUAACCUUUCCUUUCCCACAUAGUCCUUCAUUUUUCUUUCAUCUACGUGUCUAAGUGUCUCUUAAAUGUCCCUAAUUUAUCAGCCUCUACCACUACCCACGGCAGGGCAUUCUGUGUAAAAAUCUAGCUCUGACAUACCUCCCUAUACUUUUCUCCAGUCAUCUUAAAAUGAUGCCCUGUUGUAGUAGCCAUUUCCACCCUGAGAAAAGGUAACUGGCUGUCCACUCGAUCUAUGCCUCAUCACCUCAUACAAGUUAUAAAAUAAGACAAAUUAUUAGUUGCUCAUUUGAAUUGGUUUGUAAUAGCGAUAGAACUGGGAUUAGGGAAUCAUUUGGGGUUAAAAUGGCAAGAGGAGUUCCUAGAAUGAAGACAAGACUGUUCUAAAGUCAACAUGUUGAAGAGCAGGAUGUAUUGCCAGAUCUGCUUGGGUAAUGGGACAAAAUGAAGCAAUCUGAAUAGAACAAUCGGAAAUCGUUAGGAUGAUCUGCAGAAUAAUGAGUUUUGUAUCAAAAGAAAUAGGAACUGACUGAAGUUCAGCAGCAAAGGCCAAUUUUCACUACGGUAGGCCCGAGUCCGAGUGGGCGGCAUGAUGCUGUGUUUGGACAAUUUAAACGACGGCCCAGAUGGACUGAAAAAGAAGUGUGGCAGGACUGGGGGCAAGGCUUGGGGUAAUUCUCCUCCCCAUUCCAUGAUGUUCAGUCCUCCCUCUGUGUCCUUGAGGCUGCUGCGUGCUUCAAGUCUGCGAGGUAGGCAGUGAUUUGCCCCACUGUAUGAUGAACUGAGACCGAAAUUACAUGUUUACUCCAGCUGCUCCGGGCCUAUGGACUCUAAAUGUGAUUCGGAAUGCUGCUGCUUGCUGUUACUGUUUGCAUAAUUUGUGUUUUUCUCUCUUUCUCUGCACAUUGGGUGCUGGUCUUUUUUAAAUUGGGAUCUUUCUUGUUUUUGGCUGCCUGUAAACAGACAAAUCUCAAUAUUGUAUGAUUAAUGCAUACUUUGAUAAUAAGUGUACUGUGAAUCCAUGAAUCCUUUGGAUUUCCCCAAUUCCUCAAAUACCAACAUGUAAUAGAGUCAUAGACUCAAAGAAUACAACACAGAAAUAGUCUUUUCAGCCCAACUCGUCCCUACUGACCACAGUGCUCACCUAUCCAAUCCCCAAAUGUUCUCCUAAAGUUUUGCAACCAUCUGCUGCCACUUUCUUAAUUUACAAGUUAUUCUAUUGCAACAAACAGCCACCAGAUGGAACUGGUAUGAGGAUUUUUAUAACUCUUUGCCAAUGGUGAAUACAGUAGUUUACAUCUUUUCAUACUCUUCAGUUAGAAGUGAAUGAAAGUACACUAUGUAUGUUAGUUUGCUAAGAAGAUUGGGUAAAAUGUACAAGUUACUUAAGACAAGCUGGGUCAGUAGAUAGUCCAUAAACAUAUACUGAGUGGCCACUUUAUUAGGUACACCUGCUCGUUAAUGCAAAUAUCUCAUCAGUCAAUCAUGUGGCAGCAACUCAAUGCACAAAAGCAUGCGAACGUGGUCAAGAGGUUCAGUUGUUGUUCCGACCAAAUGUCAGAAUGGGGAAAGAAAUGUGAUCUAAGAGACUUGGACUGUGGAUUGAUUGUUGUUGCUAGAAGGGGAGGUUUGAGUAUCUCAGAAACUGAUGAUCUUCUGGGUUUUUGAUGUACAACAGUGUCUAGAGUUUACAGAGUGUUGUGUAUGUGGCCUGUUUACACAACUAUAUUAUUAAUAAAAACACUGGAGAUGGGAACUAAGUUUCAUGGUUCUUUCCUGGUAGAGUCUGAACUUGACACACACAUACAAAUCAAUACGCUCAUAAUAGCACAUGCAGCGAUGUGUUACUACAAUAUAAAGUAGUCCCUUAUUAUAAUGUAGGCUAUAUGGUACAGUCCUCCCCUUUUAUUUUAAUAGUGUAUCAACCGGUUUUUUUUCUGGAGCACUAGGCUAAACAAAUAUGUUUACCCUUAACAUACAAACGCCUGCCAUUUGUUUACAAAUUAUAACAAAGUAACUUAAUAAUAUCAAAUUAUAACAAGCCUUACUUUUCUUUUUUUACUUUUGGUCUAAGACCCAUUUAGAGCUCAAGUCUCUGCGGAGGUCUUCUCUGCCUCUCCGGGUAAUGUCUGACCUGAAACGUUUGCUUUGGGGAAUGAGUCUCCACAGGUACAUCAGGUGGGUCCUCAGCACUGACGACAGAUAGAUGAGGCUGAUGUGGUCACAUCAGGAGUGUUUGCUUCUAUGUCAGGGGAGUCCAGGCAAGGUGUUGUGUUUUUCACCUGGGCAUCCAGGAUUUUGUCCACAUGACAUCUCCAUAUGUUCUCUCCCACCUCCACUGUAUAUGUCAGUGGCCCGUCUAUGGCAGAAAUUGUACCUGGCUGCCACUUCUCAGUCCGGUAAUCAUUUGCAAGAACUGACUGUCCCACACUGAAGCUCUGUGUUGACUUAGCAUUCAAGAGUUUGAACUGUCUGUUCUCCACAUCACGCUGUACAUCUGGCUUGAGAAGAUCCAUGCGGGACCUCAGGUUCCUGUUCAGAAACAUCGUCGCUGGAGUCUGGUUAGUGGUUGCAUGUACUGCAUUACGAAAGGCAAGGAGGAAGUUGUCUAUCUUGUGUUGCAGUGGUCGAUUUUCGCUUCCCCUUGCCUUGAGGGCUUUCUUGAGGUCUGCACAAAUCUUUCUGCCAAGCCACUUGUGGAUGGAUGGUAAGGGGCAGAUGUAAAGUGCUUGAUUCCAUUGUUCUUCACAAAACUUUGGAAUUCUUCAGAGACAAAUUGUCAUCCAUUGUCUGUGCAGAUUUGCUCUGGUAUGCCAUUCCUUGCGAACUUGGUCCUCAGAACUGUAAUGGUCUUUUUUGAUGUGGUUGUCUUCAUUUUGAUGACCUCUGGCCAUUUGGAAUGUGCAUCAACAGCGAUUAAAAAGAUAGAGUCCAUGAAUGGUCCAGCAAAGUUGAUGUGCAUUCAUUGCCAUGGUGAUAAGGGCCACUCCCAUGAAUGGAGAGGGGCUUGUGGUGGUGUCUGGAUCUUUUGACAUCCGGAUCAUUUCUUGGUCAAGUCCUCAAUCUGUUUAUUGAUUCCUGGCUACCACACAUAGGAACGGGCAAGACUUUUCAUCUUCACAGUACCCAGGUGCCCCUUGUGCAGUUCCUCCAGCACUCUGGUGCGUAGCUUGGGAAGAAUCACAACUCGUAGACCACAUAUUAGUGUUCCCCGACACACUGACAACUGCUCCUUCCUUGCUGAGAAGGUUGGAAACAAUGUGUUACCACGCGCUGGCCAUCCCUUUACCGUGAUGUCAUACACUUUUGAAAACAGGGUCAUUGCUCUUUCAAUGAGGCUGUUUGUCACUGGUAAUUGUUCAACUAUUGUUGUGUGAAAGACCUGUGCUGAAUCCAUUUGUGUAGUUAUCUCUGAAGUCGGCAGUGGUAAACGUGACAAACCAUUUGCGUUGCCAUGUUGCUUGGUCCCCUUGUAUUCGAUGUCAUAAAUGUGACCUCCUAAGAAAAGGGACCAUCACUGCAGCCUUUGUGCUGUCAUCACUGGAACACCUUUCCUUAGGUUGAAGAUUGUCAAUCAACAGGGUAAACUUUUAACUAUACAGGUAGUGACUGAAUUUCUUAACUCCCCACAUGAGGCUUAGGCUGUCAAUCUGUGUGUAAUUGCAUUCGGCUGAAGUUAGCCUUCUUGAGGCAAAGGCUAUUAGUCUUUCUUUGACCCCUCCUUACCAAUCCGACAGGCUUGUGAUGCCUCACCCCAUGGGAUAGGAACUGUGUUAUUGCACAAGUGUCCAGAUGGCUCAGGAAGACCAAUAGCCUUUGCCUUCGUGCCCUGAAGUGUUCCUGUUCCUUUCUUGAACACUUCUUCAGAGUCAGCAAAUAUUUGUGACAGUCUCUCAGAUGUAGCCUUGCUGCCCUCCUUUGCUGACACAACGAGUACCUUGAUGGUGUGCCAAUCCAACUGGAUUUUCCUGGGCCAUUCAUGUCCCAGCAAUGGUGGUCCUCCAUUUUUCAGUACAUAGAGGUUCAGCUGCUGUGUUUUGUCUCCAUAGGACACUGUCACUUUAAUUUUACCUUUGGGAUGCACUCUCUGUCCAGUGUAAGUCUUUAGCUGUAGUUUAGUUCAUUUCAGAGGUACGUGAGAAAACAGUCAUUUGUAGUCGUGUACAGAGAUCACUGUUAAAGCUGAGCCUAUGUCCAACUCCAUUUUCAGUCUCAUGCCUGCUACUUGUGGAGUGAUCCAUAUUAUUCUUCGAUCAUCUGUCUCUUUAACACUGUGAAGUUGCAGACAAGACAAUUCACUUCUGUCUAAGUUGUUUUCAUCAGAACUGCUUUCUUUCAUUUUCUGUACAUUGUUGCAUUUUCCUUUCUGGGGUUUAUUGUUUCUCUGUAUUUCAUCCUGUUUUCUGCUGUUUACUAGCUUUGCAUACACUGCCAAUGUGGCCCUGUUUGCCAGUUUCUGCAUUCUUUGUCUUUAAACCAACAGUCGUCAGGGUCAUGUGACAUAUUCCCACAACUGCAAAGACAACAAAUUUCAUGACAUAUACCAGUGAUAUUAAACCUGAUUCUGAUUUGAAAUUCAAGAUGUUUAAUGUCAUUUCCUGUACACAAGUUUAAAGGAGAACAAAAUAAUUGUUACUCUGGAUCUGAUGCAGCACAAAAAAGAGACAAUAAGAUAAAGAACACAAUAAUAGUAAAAAAAACCCCACUCAAUAAAUAAAUAAACGUAAGAUUUCUUACAUAUAUAGAUUGAUUGUAUUGAUGUUUGUAUCCGACAAAACUUGUGAUUAAUACAGUAAUUUAUAGCUUUGUUUGCCACCAGCAAGUUGUCGCUGUGCUUCACCAGUGUCAUCCUUCAACUGCAGACUGCUGCACUAUUCAUGCACUCAGGGACUUGGGCUAUAUUGUUUUUCUGUGACUCUGUAAAUACUGCUUUCUCAUGUGUGCUAUAUGGGCUAUGUGCUGUGUAUGACUGUUGGUACUCUGUUUUGCACCUUGGCCCUGGAGUAACACUGUUUCGUUUGGUUGUAUUCAUGUGUGGUUGAAUAACAAUUAAACUUGAACUUAUUUUUAUUAUAAA